UUUUCACCUGCGAUGGGAGUGUAUAAAUGGACCUUGUUAGGCCACUACUCGGUAUAAAUAAAGAUAUGGCACAAGUGUAGACGGCUUGUGUGAAAGUGUCCGUCGUGUCGAUAGGAUCCGGUAGACUCGUUUUGCCCCGCAACCAAACUUUUUACCAAUCACUUAUUUGAGAUCGGAUUUUAGGAUUUGCUUGUGCGAUUCUCAUUCAUGAAAUUCUGUCAAAUCUUCGGUAACCGUUACAUUCGAAGUUCUUUCAAAUUAUUUUAGUGGCAAUUUUUUAUUGCGCGUUUCGGGAUGAAUCGGAUGACUUUUGCAUUAUUCGUCCUGGUGACUUUUGCUCUAAUUGGCAUUCACAACACCGAGGCAAAAUUGAUCUCCCGAUUGUUCGCGAGAAAUGAGAAACCCGACAAUUCAACGACCCAAGUUUCUUCGGAGGGAAAUAAUCAUUUUUUUGAAUGGUUCCUUGGACUCUGGGGACAGAAACCAACCACAACACCACCCCCCGACGUCCCGAAACCGGAAGCUUGUCCCUCAUGCAAAUGUGGCUUGACGAACACCCGACGUAGAAUAAUUGGUGGAGUCGAAACGAAGAUAAAUCAAUAUCCAUGGAUGGCCCAGUUGCGACGUGAUGGGGAGGCGAUCUGUGGCGGUUCGGUUAUAAACAAUCGUUACGUAUUGACUGCAGCUCACUGUGUGCUCGGGAAUGUCACAGUUCGCAUAGGCGAGCACGACAAAUCGAGUGCAAUCGAGUCUAUUACGCAAGAUUUUGAGGUUGAAAAAGUUAUCAGACACGCAAACUACGACUCUUUUGAUUUCGACAAUGACAUUGCCCUUCUGAAACUUCGUGGUAUCAUUCGUAUGGAGGGAUUGAUGCGUCCGGUGUGUCUUGCCGAAAAAGGGUUGACUUAUUCUGGCAAAAACGGUAUAGUGACAGGAUGGGGUCGGAUACAAAUUCAUGGACCGAUGUCUAAUAAAUUGCUUGAAAACAGUGUACCGAUUUUGUCCAAUAAGGAAUGCAGGUUAACGGGACAUAAAUCGAAACAAAUAACUGAUAACAUGAUGUGUGCUGGUUAUCUGACGGGAGGCCCAGAUUCUUGCCCGGGUGACAGCGGUGGACCUAUGCACGUGGUUGAAGAGACAAAUGAAGUUCACCGGUUAGUAGGUGUCGUCUCGUGGGGUGUUGAUUGCGGUUUGCCAAAUUUUCCCGGUGUUUACACGCGAGUGAACAGAUAUUUAUUGUGGAUCGAUCGACACACCCGGGACGCUUGUUACUGUCAAUAGUCAAUGAAGGAAACAAUGGAAAAGGGUUUUGCGUCGUGGAAGAAAGAAAUUAUUUAUUCGUUAACAAGUAUUUAAUAUUAACAAAAUUGGUAUCGCGCAUUCCUAGCAAACGAGCACCACAUCAACGAAUAAAUAAAGUAACGCAUCUCGGAGAAGGCACAUUUUCGUUUAUAAUUUUCUUCAUUCACGCUUCAUUGCAUAUCUGAUCCGGCGAAUAUGAUUGAUGAAAGUUUUUACUCGGUCACGAAUUUCAGAUCGUUUGUACGUUUUUCGUUUGACUGUAAUAUUAGAUGGAGAAUGAGAGUGUAAGGGAAAAGGGAAAAGGGAGAAGAGAGAGAGAGAGA